AUGGUUGAUUUAUCUUCAGAUACGUUUGAAGUUAAUAAUAUUUUCACAUUUAUUGAUCAAUCUCAUACGUUUGAGUGUGCUAAUGUAUUUAAAUAUUUUAUUCCUUCUAAAUUAACUUAUGAAGAAAUACCAUCAAAUACUUCAUUAUUUCUAGUAGAAUGGAAAGGUUUUUCUAUUCUUCGUUCCACAUGGGUUUUACGUGAAGAAAUAGAAGGGAAUUCUCGAAUUGAUCCAGAUAAUCUAUUUAAGAAAUUUAUUGACCAAAAUACAAUUGAUGGAAUUUUAUAUCAACCUCGUUUAACUAAGAUUAUUCCUGCUCGUGAUUUAGUUCCUGAAAAAAUUUUAUCGUCAUGUUAUGAUGAAACAGCUACAGAAAUGUUCACUGUUAAAUGGAAAUAUUGUGGGGAUGUUUUCUUAUCUACUGAAGAGCCUAGUUUUUUUGAUAACCCUCGUUAUAAAAUGCUCAUAACUCAAUACACAAAUAAAGUUGAAAAAAUUAAACCACUUUCUAGUCUUUCUAAUCCACUAACAUUAAAUGUAGAAACUAUAAAUCUUGAGUAUAAAGAAGAAGUAGAAUUAUGUAAUAAAGUAUUUGAAAAAAUGCAUAAAAACCAUGGGUGUUGGAUAAAAAAAACAGGAGAAGCUGAUGGAGAAUUAUUUGUUACACAUAAAUUAAAAAUAUCAGUAUUAAUGUAUAUGAAACUAUUAAUGGAUAAUGGUAUUAAAGGACCUCAUUUAAUUGUUACAGAUGAAGCUGGAAUAGAUUUCUAUAAAGAGAAUAUUGAAAAAAUUAUUCCAAAUGCAUAUGUUACUUUUAUUACUAAAGUACCUAAAGAAGAAGAUAUGAAAGAGGUUUUAGAUAAUGAAUUAUAUCAUACAGAAACUGAUUGUUUAAAGUGUUCAUUUGUAGUUACUACAACAAUGGCAUUUCAGUUUAGAGUUAAUGUUGAAUUUGAUAUUGUUAUUAUUGAUACAGAACCAUCAUUAUUUUUUAAUUCUAAAUAUUAUAUUAAAGAACAUACAUUUUUAUUAUUAUACAAUGGAACAUUUGAUGAGGCUAUAAUUAAAAAUCAUUGUAGACGAAGAAAAAUUAAAGAAUUACAAAAAUUUGAAAAUAACAUGUUUUCAUAUUUCAUCAGAUAUGUUGACGUUUAUUUAAAUAUUCAUCAAAUACAAAAACCAAUAUAUAAUGAUUUAAUUACAAUAGCAAAAAGUUGUAACAAUGAACAAACAGGAGUUAUAUUAAAUGAAAUAAAAAAAUUACUUAUUUAUCCAAAAAUGUUUGAUACAAAUUUAAAAACUCAAGGAACAAAAGUUGAUUUUAUUUUAAAAUGUAUUAAAAUAAUAGGAAAUAUUCCAGGAAUUAAAUUAGCAGUAUUAGGAGAUUAUGAUAUGCCAUUAAGAUAUAUUUCUAAAAUAACAAGGUCAAAUUACAUUGAUUGGAAAAUUGAUAUUAAAAAAACUAAAGCAAUUUGUGAAAUUAUGAAAUGUCCUUCUGAAAAAAGUGCUGAAAAAGUUAAAGAUUUAUUUGAACAAGAAUUAAAUAAUGAUAGUACUAGAAAAACACCUAUUACUUUAAGUGGAAAUUCAAGAGUUGUUUGUGUUCAUAAUUCAUGUAUUUCAACUGAAAUUGAUUUAAGUUGUAUCGAUAUUGUAAUUGAUAUGAGUAAUGAUUAUACUCCAUUAUUUGAAACAAAUAUUCGUAAUAAAUAUAUGAUGGCUACAGUAAAACAAAUUAUUGCAUUUGAUAUGUCAAUUAAAAAUACUAUUGAUGAAAUUACUUCUUCAAUGAAUGAAUUAGAUGAUACUUUAACUCUUUCUCAAGAAUUACAAGUUUAUAGAAAUUUAAUAAAACAUAAUUCAUAUCGUUUUGGUUAUAAAGGAAAAUCAAAAUCAAUUAAAUUUGGAAAAUUAGGUCAAGAAAUUUUAAAAUAUGGAACAGAAUAUGAACAAUUACAACUCGUUAUUGAAGUAAUAAAAGAUGAUAUAGAAAUUAUUAGUAAUUUUGAAAAAAAUGGGUUUAUUUCUAUUAAUGAUAUUAAUAAAGAACUUAACACUCAAAAUCAACAAAUAUCAAAAGUUCAAAAAUUACCAAAAACAUUAAAAUUACCUGUAACAGUUGAUCAUUCUUCUAAAAAAACUCCUACAAUUAAAGUUUCUCCUCCUACUAUAUUUAAUAAAGAAAGACUUUCUCAAAAAUAUCCAGACCAAUUCAAUUCUGAAAAUAAAUUAGAUAAAAUUAUUUCUCUUGAUGAAAAUGUAAAUCCUACUAAAACAAAUUC